AGCAGCGAGGCGGCAGCGGCUGCGGAGGCGCAGGCAGCAGCUGAGGCAGCGGCGGGCCCCGGUGCAGCCGCUGAGUGAAGACAUAGUCCAGAGAGAGAGAGUUGUAAAGCCACAGGCUGGUCAUAAAUUCCCCUUUUCAAAAGUUCCCUGUGUUGUGAACUGAGCUUGAGUGAAGUGAAAUCUUGGAGGAAGCUAAAGCUGUGUGUAUUUGUGCAUCAGACAAGUGCAGCAAGUUUAUAUCAUUGGCUUCUGAAGGGGAGAGUGAGGUGAUGGCUGCGUUUAAGUUGGAUUUCCUCCCAGAAAUGAUGGUGGAUCAUUGCUCUUUGAAUUCCAGUCCUGUCUCAAAGAAAAUGAACGGCACCCUGGACCACCCAGACCAACCGGAUCUGGACGCUAUCAAAAUGUUUGUGGGCCAGGUUCCAAGAACCUGGUCUGAGAAGGACUUGCGGGAGCUCUUCGAACAAUAUGGUGCUGUCUAUGAAAUCAAUGUGCUAAGGGAUAGGAGCCAGAACCCUCCGCAGAGCAAAGGGUGCUGUUUUGUUACAUUUUACACCCGUAAAGCUGCACUAGAAGCUCAGAAUGCUCUUCACAACAUGAAGGUCCUCCCAGGGAUGCAUCAUCCUAUACAGAUGAAACCUGCUGACAGUGAGAAGAACAAUGCAGUGGAAGACAGGAAGCUGUUUAUUGGCAUGAUUUCCAAGAAGUGCACUGAAAAUGACAUCCGAGUCAUGUUCUCUUCAUUUGGACAGAUUGAAGAAUGCCGGAUAUUGCGGGGACCUGAUGGUCUGAGUCGAGGCUGUGCGUUUGUGACUUUUACAACAAGAGCCAUGGCACAGACAGCUAUCAAGGCAAUGCACCAAGCACAGACCAUGGAGGGUUGCUCAUCUCCCAUGGUGGUCAAAUUUGCUGAUACACAGAAGGACAAAGAGCAGAAGAGAAUGGCCCAGCAGCUCCAGCAGCAGAUGCAGCAAAUCAGCGCGGCAUCUGUGUGGGGAAACCUCGCUGGUCUAAAUACUCUCGGACCCCAGUAUUUAGCACUUUAUUUGCAGCUCCUACAGCAGACUGCCUCCUCCGGGAACCUCAGCACUCUGAGCAGCCUCCACCCGAUGGGAGGGUUAAAUGCAAUGCAAUUACAGAAUCUGGCUGCUUUAGCAGCUGCAGCUAGCGCAGCUCAGAACACACCAAGUGGUACCAAUGCCCUCACUACAUCCAGCAGCCCCCUCAGCGUACUCACCAGUUCAGCAGGGUCCUCCCCGAGCUCCAGCAGCAGCAGCUCCGUCAACCCCAUCGCCUCCCUCGGGGCCCUGCAGACACUAGCUGGAGCCACAGCAGGCCUCAACGUCAGCUCGUUAGCAGGGAUGGCUGCUCUGAACGGCGGCCUGGGCAGUAGCGGCCUCUCCAAUGGCACUGGGAGCACCAUGGAGGCCCUCACACAGGCCUACUCGGGAAUCCAGCAAUACGCUGCUGCGGCCCUCCCCACUCUGUACAGCCAGAACCUUCUGACGCAGCAGAGCAUCGGUGCUGCUGGGAGCCAGAAGGAAGGUCCAGAGGGCGCCAAUCUGUUCAUCUACCACCUGCCCCAGGAGUUUGGAGACCAGGACUUGCUGCAGAUGUUCAUGCCCUUUGGGAACGUCGUGUCUGCCAAGGUCUUCAUAGACAAGCAGACAAACCUGAGCAAGUGUUUUGGUUUUGUAAGUUACGACAAUCCUGUUUCGGCUCAAGCUGCCAUCCAGUCCAUGAAUGGCUUUCAGAUCGGCAUGAAGCGGCUUAAAGUGCAGCUCAAACGUUCGAAGAACGAUAGCAAGCCCUACUGAGCGUGCUCCCCUCUGAGACUGGCGUGAGAGGGUCUCCUGGUAAGUGGGGGAGGAGCACCCUUAAUGAUUGGAAGCCCUAAAGCUGUGUGUUGACAGCCCUGGACCCUGAUCCCUGCCACUCUCGCAGGCACAGCUUGCCCCGAAGACUCGGCUACUGCCUUCUGUGGGAGUUUCGCUUCGUACAGAGGACGAGUUUGUGCUUUGGUUUCCAGUGUUUUACUUUGGAGUUUAGGUGCCAUAUUCUGAGGUGUUUUGGUUUUUUCGUUUUGGUUUUUUUUUUUACCCCCCACCCUUUAUUUAAAGUUUGCUGUGUUUGUAACCAAUGUAUUGAGAAGGACCAACGUCAAACUGCCCUGGGGGAGAUGGGGGUGGAGAAAUAUGGAAUGAAGAUCAGAAUCUGCCCCAACUACCCCCAAGAGAAAGGACUCAGUGAAACCGAAAACUGACCCCCCAGAACCCCCCUGACCUUGAGAGGGGUGAAAUGAGAACUGACACCAGGCAGGGGCUCUGAAGCGGGUGGGGUUGCUCUGAUGCCCAGUUCCCGCAGGAGCUGGGCCUGGGCCUCCCCCUCCUUGCCUGUUUGGGAGCAGAGCUCUUGCUGGCCACUUUCUGUUGGGAUUCCUGCCCAGGAUUUCUGCCCGUCUCCCGAGAAGCAUCUGAUGCUUCUGUGGAAAUAGAAGUUAGUUAGACUGGUGUAGGCAGAAGGCAGAAGACGCCACCUGCUCGCCGCUUGCCCCCCAGUCACUAUUAGGAAGAAACGGCUCGUCAGAGAGAUCAAUUUCAUUGCAACACGAAAGUCUGAGGCUGUGACUCAUUUCCUAACAGGUCUCUUUAAAGAAGGCCUGGAGGGCAGGCACUGUCGGGGUCUCCCUCCCAGUAGCUGGCCGCAGCCGGACCAUCACUUCCAGCCUGAGAUGUUUCACUUCCAUUCCACGUUUCUCUCUUACGGGCAGGUCCAAGAAGGGCUGGUAGUAUCUCACCAAAGGGGGCUCCUCUCCCAAGAGAGGACAUGGGUGGCCUUGGUGUUCCUGGCUGUGUGCCUGCAUCUGAAGGUCACUUUUGGCCAGAGCGCCCUGUUUGCCAGAAGCUGGCUUAGUACGUCAAAGGAUUGAGACAUCCAUGCUUGCCUCCCUGGUGGAGGUGUCCCUGCUGUAUACACUCCAAGGCACAGGCCCAUUUCCUAACCACUCCAGCCCCAUCUUCUCUUGGGGAGAGAGGUGACAAGAGGACGUUUACAGCUUCCGUAUGGAUUUAGUGUUCAUUUACCUCAGUAUUACCUUGUUCCUUUUGUCCUUGUACUUACACAUAGCUCCCUGCUGCCUCCCACAGUUCAUUCCAGCACUUGCCAUGACCCACGUAGCCACCGGGCUCUGCCUCUGCUCCAGGGGACACUGUGGAGCUGGAGCCGGGAAGGCCAGGCCGCGGGGAAGGGGCACCUGGCAGACUGGCAGAGGCAGCCCGGCAGAACGUGACUCUUAGCUGAGACCAGGGAGUGGGGCCCUGGGUUCUCGAGCCUCACACACCUGAGUCCCGACCCCUAACAACAGAGAGGAGACCAAGAGGGGUUGUUCACGCUCCAGUCAGGGGCCUCGCCCCUGUCCUGCUGUCCGUUUGGGUCACAGACAGGACUUGGCUAUCUUGCUGGGCCACAGAUAGUCGGUGGUGGCGGAUUACCCCAUGGAAGCUGGACGGCUGUUCCCUUCUGUCAUAGCGAUGACCUGGGUCCGUUGCCCUCUAAGAAACGUGGAAACAACUUUCUUAAGCUGAACCGUGUAAACUUGAAUUCUGCGCACUGGGAGAAAUGUGUCCUGUGUUUCAAGGAUGAAACUGUUCCAAAGGCGUCCAGGGUCACGAUGGGAUUUUUUUUAAAUAAAUGCAAAAAAAUAAAUAAAUAAAAAUGAAAAAAGAAAAACAAAAAAAAUAAAAAGAAAAAACUGCUAGGUUGGGGAGGCGCUGUUCUGAAUCCCAACCGGCUGGAACCGAGAAUGUCGUUUCUAUUUUUAUAGAAGUUUUAUACAGCUCCGGGGUGGAGAAUAUUUAUUACCUAAAUUAUAUCUCUGGAAAAGGCCAGGAUUUUAUAGAAUCCAGAAUGUGAUUGUUGUACACACAGGGUGCUGUGUAUGAGUGAAACUACUGACUUCCUGUGGCCCGUUGGCAGCCCAGCGAGUCUGUCGGAGGGGGGCGGAGUUAAUGCUGUGAAUUGGCCGCGGAGAGAGCGCUGCUCCCCAGGGCGCUGCCGGUGCCGGGCUCGCUCCCUUCUGUCCUGUCUUCCUCCUUGGCCACCGUGGGGCUUCGCGAAGCCCAGAACUCCACUCUGUUCCCACUUUGUCCCUAUCCCCUCCCCGCCCUCCCGCUUCACGUUCCUUGCCCACGGAGGUCCCUGGGAUCUGAGUACCCACGGUUUCCUGCCUGCUUGUGGGUGCUCUGUUUUCCAAGGAGCUUGUGCCACCGCCGGGCCCUGGGUGGCCGUUGUGCCGGCUGGUGAGACCAGGCGCUGCUCUCUGUUCUGUCUUCCCCGCCCAGUGCAUCGCCCAGCUGCACCGCCCUGGAGCAGAGCUCUCUUCCCCAGGCCAGCGCUGGCUUUGUGAAGAAGCUGUUCCCCCACAAGUCUCUCGUGUGCCAGGGUUCAGCUCAGAGUGGGGACUGGCAGCCGAGUCUUACGCAAUCCUUUUCUGUCGAGUGGGGUUUCACGAACAUGAAUGUAUUGUUUUCUGCUGUAGUUUUGUUUCUUACUCGGGUGCCAUCAUGAAAUUGAUUUACCUUGAAUGCAGGCAGACACUGUUCCUGGGUUCCACGCAGGUGGCCAGGGCCCACGUGGAAGCUAAGGGCUUGGAUUUCUGGGAGCAAAGGGCCGUCCCCAUAGGUUUGAGAAACCCUGGCCCUCUCCCCUGAGGAAGGGCCUGCCCCACCACCGUCUGCUGCUUUCCCUGCAGCCACGGGCUCGGAAACCCGCCUCUGCUGCAGGCCUGCUCGCCGCGCUGGGCUUUGCGGGAAAUCCAAGCCUUAGUUCCCUCCUGUCUCUGGCGAUUGGAUGUUUUCUUGGUGUCCUCCAUGUCCUUUUUGACUUCUCCCUGUGUCCAUUGUUAGCAUGUGCGAAAGUUCCCUGUCAUUCCCCGGCCCCGUCCCUCCCGCCGCCUCAUUUCAGGGCUGUCCACAGUGAGUGUUCCUGUUCUCUCUCUCUGUUUGGAUGUAUUGCUCUGUGUAACUCAGUGGGUCUCCCUCUUUCUGGUUUGUUUUUUUUUCUAGAUUCCUGCCGUUUGUUCAUCGUUGUGCCUAAAGCAUGUCGAUGUGGCGUCAAGUACAUCGUCCAAAUCCCUGUCUCUUCAGCUUCUCUGAUGCUUGAACUCUCACCUUUGACCUUGUGUUGACCUUUGAUGCUGAUGUGUAUUUUUAUUAUGUUUGUUUCUUUCUUUGUUUUUUCUUUUUUUCUUUCCCUUUUUUUUUCUUUUGUGCUGCCAAAUUGGUUUUGCUAGAACGACUGCUGAAGGGGAAAUAUUUAAACUUGCAUUUGAAUAUAAAAAAAUCUAUUUUUCUAGAACUUCAUAAGAUAACCACUUGAUUUUGUGAUUCCAAUUCUUUGUAAUUGUCUUCAGAGCAGCCCUACUAGCACAUACCGCGUGGUGUUUGUAUUUCUGUGAACACACAGCCAGUCUGUUUCUAGGCUUUGUUUCUGUGUGCUUAGUUUUAAAGACAACUUUGAAGUAAACAGUGAAAUAAAAGAUGUCACUAAAAAACCUCUGAGGCUCCUGAGCACAUUUUGCUGAUAGUUUGUGGGGCUUGAGGAGACCACUUGUGUUCUUAUUUUUGUUUUUCUGAGUUCUUAACUGCAGAAAACAGCCGACCCCGUCCCCUUUUGACUGCAGACUACAGUCUGGGCCCAGCUGCCCUGUUUCUUGUUCCCUUUUUAUGAUUCUUCCUGUCACAGACUUAACUGGGAGUCCUCAAGGCCCCCGGCCCCAUGUGCCCGCCCCGUUUCCUUGCUUGUUCCUCCAGUCUCCACAGCAAAAUGUGAUGCUUCGUUUUUUUUGGUUUUUUUUUUUUUUGGUUUGUUUUUGUAUUGUUUUUGUGUUCUCGUUUUGAAUUUUUCUUUUCCUACUAAGAUUAUGCCCAGAAAAAAACAAGUUUUGCAUGUUUCCUGCUGUUUCUUCACACCUUCGUAUAUAUAUACAUAUAUAUAUAUCACCUUCACCUCUCUGUUUUCUAUAGUUUGUGCAAAAACUGAUCGAUUUAAAAGGGUUUCAAAGAAGCUGUUUUAAAUUGUUGUGGGGUUGAUUAAUUUUUUUUUCAAGAUUGUACUGUUUUAUUUUGAAGCGGCAACUCUCUCCCCUCUUGCCCUCAGAGCGUUUGCCUGUGCACUUAGACUGUCCCCAGCUCACGGCCUCUGCUCCCUCAGCGGCCGGGGAGGGCCCGGAGAGGCAGGUGCAGAUAGAAGGUGGCUGCGGCCGGGCAAGAGGCUUCAGUGCAUUAGGAGUGAGCGCCCCUCUGCCCGGGAAGGGGGCUCUUAACCACUCAGAGGCGCCCGUCUGUGCACUAAGGGCAGCACCGCUGCCCUGCCGGCGCUUUCCUUGGCGACAAGCACAAUACUACAGUCUUCACACUGUUUACAGCCCUGGGCCCCGCCACCCCACGGCUCUUCACUGCUCUGCUCCUGCUUGGCUAGUGGGGUGGGGGUAAGGGCAGGGAUUUUUUUUUUCCUUCUUUCUUUCUUUUAAAUUGGGUGAAGAGCCAAAUAGCUACUGUCCCUGGGUGCCAGGCCAGCCAGUUCCUUGGUUCCCUGCUGGGAACUUGCCCUCCUCCCUUGGCACCAUCUAGCCUCAGGGUCUUAGGGACUUGAGUGAGAAUGUGAAUGGCAGGGGAGAGGUGCGAGGAGCGAGGAGCGGAGCUGUGGAGGAGAGAGCAGGUUGCAGAGGGGGGAGGUGGUGAGCGCGCCCGCCCACACCUACACUGCUGACCUGGUGGGCCAGCUGGGAAGAGGGGCGAGGGGCUGCGGGAGGGGGGCGGGGAGGUAGAAGCACUGUCCGCAGGGAGCCCCCGUGGAGGGUCGGCUGCUUGAGUGCCGGCGGGGGGCAGGAGGGUUAGAUGGAGAGAGCCCAGGACCCCCAGCCUGAGCGAGACUGCCAGCACCCCACAGUCUGACUGCACAGAGCCGCCUCUGUCGGCACAAGGCCCGCGGCCCCCCCUGUGUGUUCAGAAUCCGUGUUUGCCAAUAUAUUUUACUUUCAAUUCCAAGAGGAGCUCUGGGAAAAAACCUGUGGAUAAAACCAAAUGCCAAACGUUGGACGUUACUUCCUUUUCCUUUUCUCUCUGAUUGUUUAAUUGUUCUGUGGUGGUUUUCAUGGAUUUGAGGCCCUGGAGCGGCAGCUGCCUUUCUGAUUUCCAGCUGCUUUUUGUGAAUAAUUUAAAAAGAAAAAAAAAAAGAAACUUUACAUUUUGGAGACAAACCUGUGUGAGUUUUUUAUUGGUACAAACGUUGUAUUUAACACUAGGGGUUUUGUACAGUUUUUUGCCUUUUCUACUAGAAAACAAUGUAAAGUGAUUUCACAAUGUGAAGAGAAAAAAAAAAUUGCCACUAUGACCAAACGCACAGUCUGUUCUGCCGCAGCAACGGGAUUCAAUCAACUCCGAGUCGUGAUUCAGCCGUGAAAAUGCAUUUCCUUUACCUUGUUUGAGCUUUUCCUUUCUUUUCUGUUUUGAUUUGCAAAAAAAAAAAAAAAGGAAAAAAAAAGAAAAAAGAAAAAAAGAAAAAAAAUGUCUUUUUUGUGUGAACUUGUGUUGUACUAUGUAGAAAAUUAUGGAUUUUACUUUAAUGGUUUUUUUUUUUUUUUAAAAAAAAAGGCAAGAAGAGCCCUUGUCGCUUUUCUGACCUGAUCACAGAGUUUGUGUAGUGGAUUUAAAAAAAAAAAAAGUUACAAGUUUGGAGCAAGGGAGUAUGUGUUUGAAAAGGAAUCUCCUUCCUUUUUUUGUGUGUUUUUCCUUUUGUCCCAAUGGGGAACCUAAAUCUGUUUUAAUUGCACAGACACACGGACAAAAAGUCAUUUUGUAUCUGCCAAGUGUGGUACCUUCCUUUGUUUAUUUGCUAUUAAACUGUUUGAGAAGAA